CUUUAAGACAAUACAAAUUUGUCCACGCGCUCGUCUCGAAUUAUUGGUUCAAUGCCAGUCCAUUGCACAAAUCACAUAGUAACGGUACUUUGGAUCAAGCAUGGCGUUUGUGUACGACCUGUGUGUAGUGGGAGCAGGAAUGACGGGGGCAGCAGCCGCACGCCACGCCUCACUCACCCCUAACUACAGGGUGUGCCUGAUCGGACCACCGGAACCCCAGGUACGACAAGUUACCACUGGUAAGGAAGUUUUUGGCGCGCAUUAUGAUGAAGCUAGGAUAACGUCAGCGAAAUCAACCACGCGUCCAGUUUGGGGUAUCCUCGCACAGAGAUCUAUGUCUAGAUACAGAGACCUGGAGAUGAUGUCAGGUGUGCAUUUCUACGACAGAGUAGGAUCCCUAACAGUCGGAACCAGAAACUCCGACUACGUCAGGAGAGUGAUAAACCAUGCCAGAGGUCAGGGAGUUAUGUCUAACUUCGAGGUUCUGGACAGUAAACAGCUAAAGAGCAAAUUUCCUUUCUUCAACUUUUCAUCUGAAGACCAAGGUCUUAUGGAGGAAAAUGAAGCGGGGAUAAUAAACCCGAGAAAGAUGGUAAUGGCACAAAUAAGUGUUGCUUCCAAAAACGGAUGUGACGUAAUACGAGAGACGGUUACCGGAAUAGUUCAACAGCCGGACGGAAAUAGCCGUGUUGUAAUGGGAAAUGGGAGGUUGAUGAUUGCUCGCAAAGUGCUCCUGGCGACCAAUGUUUUUACGGAGAUACAUAACCUCCUCGGUAACGUGAGGCCGCUGUACGUGCCCAUGCCACAGACAGUUUCCCUGGCUGAAAUUUCAUCGGUCGAUGCUGUACGAUUGAGGAAUAUGCCGAAUGUUAUGUAUAGAGGUACAGGAGGACCAUCCUGGCCAAAAGAUUAUCCCAGAAAUUCCUACAACGAAAUCGGCUUCUACUUGCUCCCGCCCGUAAGGUACCCGGACGGUAAAUACUACAUUAAGAUCGGUCACCACGAUGCUAUAUUAAAAGGUCCUUUGCAAGUGUCUCAAAUACAGAAAUGGUACUGUGGGGAAGGUGACAAGGUAUUGGAAGAACAGAUGUUUAGACUUCUACAAGGCCUUUUACCAGAUGUAAAAUUCCUUAGUCAUCAUGGUGAUGCUUGUGUAACUAUGGUCACACCUAGUUAUCAACCAUACGUUGACCUUGUAACUCCGACGUUAGGCGUUGUCAUGGGUGACAAUGGAUGGGCAGCAAAGUCAAGUGACGAAAUAGGACGUGUUGCUGCUAAAAUGAUUGUGCACUCACGAUGGUCGGAUGAUCUUCCGAAAGGUUUAUUUAAACUGUAUACAAAUAAAACUGGACCACCACCCACUUCAAAACUGUGAUUAUAUUCGUUUGACAGGGAGUUGUAUACUCAGAUGAAUCAAAGCAAUGCAUGCAUCAUGCUAUUUGUUUUCUGGUGUUCACAUCACAGCCGAACUGAGAGCGAUGAUCACGAUUUAUGUUUAUCUUUAAUAAUGAUAUCAUCAAUAAACUGUUUUGCGAGACCACUUUAAUUCUCAAAAAAUAAUUAAAUCCACAACUUAAAUUUGUGUGAUUUAUUUUAUUUUGUAAUAGACAUGUGUAAGAGUCGUUUAUAGUGACAUAAAAUCUUGACUACAAAAUCUUACAAAACAACUUCAAUUGAACAUCGUUGCGUAUCAAUGUACUAACAAUUAAAAUGAAUUAAAGCGGACUACUGCUAAUUAAAACGUUUUCUGUAUUCUGUAUCUAUGUUAACAUUUACCUUAAAUAUAAUACUAUGUUGACACAGUUUCCGAAAUGCUGUCUGUGUUAGGAAAAAUUUGGUUAAUUUUUCAGUUUUUAAAAUUAAAUACAUUAAUGUAGUAACCUCUCACAUUUUUCAUUAAAAUCGAGAGGGGCUGUCGUCAUGGUUUACUCAUAUACCGAUCACCAACAUACUUAUUAGAUAAGGAAACAAUAAGCAAGAUUCAAAUAGCGCGAAGCUUAUAGAAUAUCCUUAAAUCAUUACUAUUGUCCCAGUUUCAACAAGAAAGUAUUUAUCUUUUUACAAAUUCAAAUCCUCACUUUUCAAACAAAAACAUUCAUGUAAAUAUUAGGUUGCUUCUAGUAAAUGACAUGAUAUGAAAUAAGACAAAACAACAUUUAGGUAGGGGAAUUAAAAAAACACAUCACACAGGAGAUGAAAUAAGACAAAACAGCAUUUUAGGUAGAGGAAUUAAUAAUACAUAUCGCGCUCUUAUUGAAACCUUGAAAUUGUCUGAAAUAAAUUGUACAUAUGUUGUAUUCAUAGGUUUAAUACAGUAUUCGUAUCCUUUUUACAUUUUAGGGAAUGACAUUAUAUGAAAUAUAUACAACUGGGUAAAAAAAUCUUUAUGUAUUUGUCAGUGAUAAUGUUGGAAACAUUUAUUUCCGCCAUGGAGGUAGUUAACAUGUAAAGUAGAGAAUAUCAGAUAAAAGAACUUGCUAUAACAAUAAAUGAUAAAACAACAUUUUUCCUAAUUGUUUUCCAGAAAUCUUU